AUGGGAAGGUACUCUGUCAAAAGAUAUAAGACGAAAAGAAGAACUAGAGAUCUUGAUCUCGUUUACAAGGACCUCUCAACCAAGGAGUCCGUCUAUGCUUUGAAGAAUCAGCCGUUGGACGAGACAAAGCCUGGCUUGGGUCAGUACUAUUGUGUGGAAUGUGUUAAAUAUUUCGAGUCUCAGCCCACUUUGGACCGUCACGGAAAAGGAAAGGUUCACAAGAGAAGAUUGAAGGAUCUCAGACAGAGACCCUACACUCCAUUGGAGAGUGAGGCUUGUGCUGGUUACAACCUACAGAAGUUCAUGGAUUCUGUCGAGAAGUACAAGCAAACCGAGCAGUACAAGGAGGAAAAUAAGCAGGACCUUGACGCUAUUAAGGAUGCUAAAAAGGACAACUUGGAUGCUAUUAUCACAGGCAUCCCCUCUGAGCAGGCUGAUCUCGAAAUGAAGGACUAA